AUGGGAGGUGCCAAAAUUGAAAUUAGAAAAUCUUUCUCAAGAAACAACUUUAUGGUUGCCUAUAAUAGGAAUGAGUAUAAUGCAACUUUUUCUCAAAAAAUUUUCAUGGAAAAAGGGUAUUAUUAUACAUUUUCAGCUUGGGUUAGAGUUAGUGAAGGAAGUGAGACAACAGUGUCUGCUGCAAUAAUAACUAAAGAAAAUUCAAAGAGAGUUAUUGCCUCUGGAAAUGCUUAUCCUGGUUGUUGGACCAUGCUUAAAGGAGGCUUUCAACCAGAAUUUCCUCUUCCAACAGAGUUGUAUUUUGUAUGUUACAAUAAGACAGUUGACUUUUGGGUGGAUAAUGUUUCCUUAAAAGAGUUCAACAAAACCGAAUGGCUUCAACACCAACAGAGAGCCAUAACAAGGGUAAGAAAGAGGAAAAUAGUGCUAGAUAUAAAGGACAAAUUAGGAAAAGCAAUCCGUGGAGUGAAAGUAAAUAUUAAGUUCACAAAACCAUAUUUCCAUAUUGGUUGUGGUGUUACUGAUACACUAUUACAACACAAGAAAUACCAAGAAUGGUUUCUUAAAAAAGGUUUUACUGCAAGUGUAUUCACAAAUCAAAUGAAAUGGUACUGGACAGAAAGUCGAAGAGGAAUCGAAAACUACACAAUACCAGAUGCCAUGUUCCAAUUCUUCAAGAAAAAUAAGAUAGAAAUAAGAGGACAUACUGUUCUAUGGGACAAACCAAAAAUGAAUCAAUAUUGGCUACAUGAUAUGACACCUAAAGAGCUUUUGGCUACAGCAGUGAGACGUCUCGCGUCUAUCAUGGCGCGUUACUCAAAUGAUAUUUUUGAGUGGGAUGUUGUGAAUGAGAACUUACACUUCAAGUUUUUUGAAGAAAAGAUUGGACCACAGGCUUCUGGCAUGUUUUAUCACAUAGCUCAUGUUAUAGAUCCGAAUGCAACGUUAUAUUUGAAUGAGUUUAAUACCCUUGAAAUUCCGGGAGAUGUAUAUGCAGGUCCACAUAAGUAUAUAAAUAAAUGGAGACAGAUCAGAUCGUAUCCAGGAAAUGAGGAUUUGACGAUAGGAUUUGGACUGCAAGCUCAUUUUGGUUUGGGAAAACCAUUGAUGCCGUACAUACGAGCUGCCCUUGAUUUUUUCAGUGAAACUCAAAUGCCCAUUUGGUUAACUGAAAUGGAUGUUCCUAACAAUUCAAAUCAGGCACUUUACUUGGAAGAAAUCAUGAGAGAAGCAUUUUCACAUCCAGGAGUGGAAGGAAUAAUAGUGUGGGCACCAUGGAAGCCAGGAAUGAAUUGCACUAGUUUGUGCUUGAUGGAUGACAAUUUCAACAACACACCAGCAGGAGACAUUGUAGACAAGCUCAUGGCAGAGUGGAGAACUCCUGACCAAAAUGGAAAAACAAAUUCUGAAGGACUUUAUAGAUAUGAUGGUUUUCUUGGAGACUACAAUGUGCAUUCCUUGUGGGGUUCUACCCCUGACUGGGAAGCCACAAGAUGUUUGGCUGAGUUACUGAAUGAUUCUAUCACUUCUUGGGAGGAGUUGACCAAUGCUUUCUUAGAGAGAUUCUUUCCUCCCUCGAAAAUGGUCAAGCUUAGGGACAACAUCCAGAACUUUAAAAGAGUGAGAGGUGGAGUGAAAUCGGUAAAUGCAAUUGGAACAAUUAGUGGGCAGUUCCUAAAGGAUUCCAAGUUUGAGGCAUUGCACAAUGAAGAAGUAAACUACAUGGAAAAUCAAUUGGAGGGUGCUUAUCCUAACUACCCAAGACCGGGUGGGAAUCAAGGUUGGAAAGAGGAUCAAGAUAAUAGUUGGAGAGAGAGAGAUUGGAGAGAUCGAUGUGGCAAUUGGAGAGAUAAGAAAGCUGAAAAAGAUAGGUAUGUCCCGCCUCAUGAUCACCCAAAACCAAGAGAACCACCUAGACCGGAAGGAAAUCGAAUCGAGGAACUGUUAACAAGGAUCUUUGACAAGGUUGAAGGGUCCAACAAGGUGUUGAAAGGACUUGAAAAAUGA